UAUCUGGCAACCCUGCGUCAGCGCUGUUCCAGUGGCGGAGUGCAGAGAAGUGCUGCCGAGGUGAAACACUGAACUUGAGAGGAAAAUGGCAGUGUUUUGCAGAUCAGCCGCUUCAAUUUUGAAACCAGUCAAUUUACUGCCGUCUGCACUUGCAGCUGUCCGACAAUACAGCUCAGGUGGACAGUACCAGUAUAUACUGGUUGACAAAAAAGGUGAAAACAAGAAUGUUGGUUUCAUACAGUUAAACAGGCCCAAGGCCUUGAAUGCUCUCUGCGAUGACCUAAUGCUUGAAGUGGGUAAGGCCUUGGACACCUUUGAACAGGACACUGAGGUUGGUGCAAUAGUCAUUACAGGCAGUGAAAGAGCUUUUGCAGCCGGUGCUGAUAUCAAAGAGAUGCAGAACAGAACUUUUCAGGAGUGCUUUGGUGGCAGCUUUCUGGCACACUGGAACAAAGUGUCAAUGGUUAGAAAGCCAGUUAUAGCUGCUGUAAACGGAUUUGCUCUUGGAGGAGGUUGCGAGUUGGCCAUGAUGUGUGAUAUAAUCUAUGCUGGAGAAAAAGCACAGUUUGGACAGCCUGAAAUCUUAAUAGGAACCAUUCCAGGUGCUGGUGGUACUCAGAGGCUCACUCGGGCAGUGGGAAAGUCACUGGCCAUGGAGAUGGUCCUUACAGGAGACCGGAUCUCAGCACAGGAGGCCAAACAAUCUGGUCUUGUAAGCAAAGUGUUUCCUGUGGACCAGGUGGUAUCUGAAGCAGUCAGAUGUGGGGAGAAAAUUGCAAGUAAUUCUAAGCUGGUGUCAGCCAUGGCAAAGGAAGCUGUCAAUGCAGCUUUUGAACUUACCCUGACUGAAGGCAAUCGGUGUGAGAAGAGAUUAUUCUAUGCCACAUUUGCUACAGAGGACAGAAAAGAGGGCAUGAGUGCAUUUGUUGAGAAGAGGAAAGCUGAUUUCCAGGACAAGUAAAGAAUCAGAUCAGGAGGGUGUGAUUUUUUUUUUUUUUUUUUAAAUACACCAAUAUAGUAGCUUGUGAUCCAGUGCUGUUACUGAAAAACUGUGCUAUAAAUAUCAACACUGCAGAACAUUUGUGGUUUGAAAGAAGCACCAGAAACUGAAAUCAAUAGUACAAUACUCUGGCAUUUGCUUUUCUCUCUAGCAAAACAUUUGUUCAUUUGAGAUGAGCUGUUUUGCUACUGUUACUCAAUAAACUUUGAUUAUGUACCUUGUA